CCCUCUUUAUGCCCAGAGUUGCUUUCCAAUCCCAUGGAGUGUCCCCAAACCUAACCAUAUCCACUGAUUCCACCAGGUGUUCCUGAGGAGACAACUGCUGAGGACUCCAUAUUCUGCUGACUAUUUUUCUACAUCUCACAAGGAGUGAGCUACCACCAUGAAAUUCUUCUUUUAUUUGGGUGUCCUUGCUGGGACACACUUCUUUGCUUACUCAUAUGUGCAGAAAGAAGAUCCUUCUCCCUAUGUAGUAUACCUCAAGUCUCAUUUCAACCCCUGUGUGGGUGUUCUAAUCAAAAUCAACUGGGUGCUAGCCCCAGCUCACUGCUAUUUAUCAAAUCUGAAAGUGAUGCUGGGAAACUUCAGGAACAGAAUCAGAGAUGGCACAGAACAGACAAUUACCCCCACCCAGGUCAUCCGCUACUGGAACUAUAGUCACAGUCCCCCACAGGAUGACAUCAUGCUCAUUAAGCUGGCUAAGCCUGCCGUCCUCAACUCCAAAGUCCAGCUCAUUCCCCUUGCCACCAAGGAUGUCCAGCCAGGCACUGUCUGUCUACUUUCAGGUUUGGACUGGAGCCAAGAAAACAGUGGCCGACACCCUGACUUGCGGCAAAAUCUGGAGGCCCCUGUGAUGACUGAUAAAGACUGCCAGAAAACAGAACAAGGAAAAGCCCACAGGAACUCCUUAUGUGUGAAAUUUGUGAAAGCACUCAACCGAGUUUUUGGGGAGGUGGCCGUUGCUACUGUCAUCUGCAAAAACAAGCUCCAAGGAAUUGAAGUUGGACACUUCAUGGGAGGAGAUGUUGGCAUCUACACAAAUGUUUACAAAUAUAUAUCCUGGAUUGAGAACAACACUAAGGACAAGUGAGAUCCUAUUUCUCCCUCUGCAGUCCACUGGUUCUCAAGCCAAUACUCCACAAACCAACAUGUUCCCUUAGCUCAAAAUAAAAUCUCCAAAUAAAAACCUUUG